CUCACUUCCUCCAAUCGCCAUUUUUUCAUCUACAGAUCCAAAACCCAGAAAGCUCAAAGGAAGAAAGGUAGGAGAAAAUACCUAGAAUCUUCUAGAAGAAUUAAAGAGGAAAAAAAUGGGUAUCAAAGAUCUCCUCCGGUUCAUGAAGCCCUAUGUUGAAACCGCCCACAUUAAAAAAUACGCCGGCAAAAGGGUGGGAAUCGAUGCUUAUUCUUGGCUUCACAAAGGAGCAUAUUCAUGUAGUAUGGAGCUUUGCCUUAAUUCGGAGGGUGAUAAGAAAUUGCAGUACUUGAACUACUUCAUGCAUCGAAUCAAUAUGCUUCGACAUUAUAAGAUCACUCCUGUAGUUGUUUUUGAUGGUGGGAACUUACCCUGCAAGGGUGCUACGGAAGACGAGAGGCACAAGAGAAGGAAAACAAAUAGAGAUCAGGCAAUGUUGAAGCUAAAGGAAGGCAAUGUUGCUGGCGCUGUUGAGCUCUUCCAGAGGGCUGUGAGUGUCACUCCUUCAAUGGCGCAUCAACUCAUACAGAUUCUGAAGUCAGAGAAUAUAGAAUUCGUAGUAGCACCAUAUGAAGCUGAUGCACAAUUAGCCUACUUGUCUAACCUCAAAGAAGAAAAGAAUGGAAUUGUGGCAGUGAUUUCUGAAGAUAGUGACUUACUAGCAUAUGGCUGUCCCGCUGUUUUCUUUAAGAUGGAUGCCCAUGGCAAUGGUCAAGAAGUGGUACUAGACCAUGUUUUCAGUUGUGAUACUCGUGUUCCUUCCUUCAGACAUUUCAACAAAGAUUUAUUUACAGGCAUGUGUGUCUUAGCUGGCUGUGAUUUUCUUCCUUCAGUCCCUGGUAUAGGAAUUACAAGAGCUUAUAAUCUGGUCUCCAAAUAUCGCAACUUAGAUCGAGCUCUUUCCACGUUAAAGUUUGAGAAAGGAGAUCAAAUGCCCGAAGAUUACGCAAGAUCAUUUAGAGAAGCAGUUGCAGUUUUCCAUCAUGCUAGAAUAUAUGAUGUUAGUUUGAAGCGGAUUAAGCACUUGAAACCCAUCCCAGAAGAGCUGUUGCAGUUUUUGGAUGAAGAACUUGACUUCUUAGGACCAGAAAUUCUUCCGUCAUUGGCAACAUCAAUUGCUCAAGGUAACAUAGAUCCUUGUACAAUGGAGGCCUUCAAUGUCUUUCCCAGUACAGUAAAUCAUGUCUCUACUGCAAACAUCAAGAAAAUUUGUGGUCCCUUCUCUCGACAAGAGGCAUUUACUCAAGCUUCAAAAGACAGCAGCGUUUUUGCUAUUUCUUCAAGUAAAUCCAGAAAAGAAACAACAGUGGUGGAGACAUUGCAAGCCUCUGAUGCUGAACAGAUGCAGUGUCCGUUUAUGGAUGAAAGUGAGUGCUUAGAGGAAGCAGUAGCUCUUCAAAAUAUGAUACGCCCUUCAAUAUCAACUCGGAAGAUGGUGGGAGAAGAGAAAAAGAGUCAUCGAAAAGAAGUGCUGAAAGUUCCAGAUAAUAAUCCUUUUAGGAAACGAAAAGUGGAGGAAUUUGAGCCAGAUGAGAUGGAUAGUGUUACUGAGCUAGUCUCAGAAGUUACUGAAGUUGAACGCCUGGAAGUUAUAUGUACAAUUCCGGAAUCACAAAAAAGUGUGGAAUCUAAGCCAGUUAAAAUGAUUGAGUUAAAAACAGUUACCAAGGAAAAGAAGGUUAAGAGGAGUAGUUGCCAAAGUUCAGAAAACAAGAAAAACACUAUACUAAAUUUCUUUUCUCGAGUGUAAUUUAUAAAAUUUGACUCAACAUAUUAAUUUCUUGUGUCAAUCACUUUAC